AUGAAUCAAGGGGCCUCCCAAUACAACAACUGUCACAGAUCAUUGUCUGGUGGCACUCAGCUUAAGACGUCGCCAAAUCAGUGCUUCAUGUUCAACAACCCACCAUAUACUAGCAACCAGACCACAAUCGCACGGCAACAACAACAGCACCGCAACAACAACAGCACCAGCAGCAACACUCGGUUCAGCUGUCUUCAAUGUUUUGAUAACAACCUUCAGGCAGCAGUUCAUUACAACGCCUGCUCUGUCGUGGGUAAACCUGCUUUUUCCAAAACCCAUUUGGUUCCCGGGGCCUUGGCUGUGACCCUCUUCACAUCAUGCCAAGCGCCAUGUUUCUCCCUGGUCAACAGCACCAUAUUUAUGGCGACAAAAUUGGCUACAAAAUCCUUGACAUCAACCCAGUACCCCCUUUGGGGUAAAGCAAUGUGCCCCUAGAUACAAACAUCGUCACAGAUCUCUCUCCAAUGGCUUGAAGCUGUACACAUCACCAAACACCGUUUCAUAUUAAGCUACCAGCAGUAUCCAUGCAACAAACCCAUUAUUGCCCAGAAACAGCUACAUCAGCAACAGUGGUCAAUUAAGCCGUCAACCAUGUUUUGUCAGCCAAGACGCAGUAGUUUGUUGAAACAUA